AUGAAGCUGAUAUAUCGUGUUGCGCAUAUUUCGCUCGUUGUCUGCCUUUCUGCCCUUCUCAUCUACAGCGUCUACUAUGCCUUUGCUCUGCUCAUCGAAGACCGCCGGCCCCACUUGCCGCCUGUCGACGAGGAGCCUGCCGGUCCACGCAAACCUUCACCACAGGAUACUGCCAGGUUCAUGAACACGAUGUGGAGUUAUCUAGAAGACUGGGACGAAGAGCCCUGCAUACACGUGUGCUCGGCGUCUUGGGCUGCUUGUCGGCUGAGGCACUGCGAUGUCCUGCCGCAUCUUCACAGGCAAGAUUGA